UUUUAAAAUCAAAGCACGAUUUUGUAGUGAAUUCUUUAUUUCUCAUUAUUAAAAAUAGACUUUCCAAAUGCUUAUCUCAAACUAUUUAUCUUGUAGUUCAAACCGUUCUGAUAAGACUGUCCACACUUUAUAUUAGACGAAAAGAACUGUGUUAGUCGGCAGUGCAUUGAAUAGUUCGUGGCGGUCAUCUUCUGAACAUCUAAGUCUUAAACAUGUCUCUCUCUGGUGUUGUCACCCUCCUGUCAUUACUUGUGGGUAAGUCAACGGUCUUUGUUUUGGUAAGUAGGUAGCCACUUCUAUGGCUACUUUUGUAACUUUUAGGGAAGUCGACUCUUUGUUUUAGUAAGUAGGUAGCCACUUCUAUUGCUACUUGUGUAACGUGUAGGCUAGGCAACUGUCUAUGUUUUGGUAAGUAGAUAGCCACUUCUGUGGCUACUUUUGUAACUUGUAUUAUAGGUAAGUCAACUGUCUUUGUUUUGGUUAAGUAAGUAGCCGCCAUUUUCACUAUUCUAUGUGAAAUUUAAAUUUUAAAAAGUGUCAAUUGCUUUUCAAGGCUCAUUGCUUUACGAAGCUAUGAAAACAAUUAAAUUAUGUCAGUCAUCGUAAGGCUAGAAUGGUCAGUCUGGCCUCAAAUUAGACUUUACGUUUUAUAAAAGGAACAUUUUAAGCCAAUAUUUGGGGAUUAGGUUUUAUGAUUAGACUCGGAUUUUUUAUUUUUAUUUGAGAGUUACAAUACCUAUUGCAAGUGCCUAAAUAUGACCACAGCACAAGACACAUAUUUCACGACAGAUAAGCUGUAAUGUAUAGACAUAUUGUUCUAUGUAAACCAUUAUAAUAAAAACAUUUUGUUUGCGCCUGCAAAUGGAGUGGUAAAAGGUUAACUUUUGAAAUUGGGAAAAGCAAAAUAAUUUAUAAUGUCCUUGUCCAUGCUCAUGUUUGAGUGUCUCCAUCAAGUUAAGGUAAUGUAACACAUGAAGCUAAUGUGUCACGUGAAGGUAAUGUGUCACUUGAAGGAAAUGUUUCCCAUGAACGUAAAGUGUCACGUGAAGGAAAUGUGUCACGGAAAGGAAAUGUUUCACGUGAAGGUAAUGUGUCACGGGAAGGUUACUGUGUCACGGGAAGGUUACUGUGUCACGUGAGGGUAAUGUGUCACGGGAAGGUAAUGGGUCACGGGAAGGUAAUGUGUCACGUGAAGGAAAUGUGUCACGGGAAGGUUAAUGUGUCACGUGAGGGUAAUGUGUCACGGUAAGGAAAUGUGUCACGUGAAGGAAAUGUGUCACGGGAAGGAAAUGUGUUACGUGAAGGUAAUGUGUCACGGGAAGGAAAUGUGUCACGUGAAGGUAAUGUGUCGCGUGAAGAUAAUGUGUCACGUGGAGGUAAUGUGUCACGUAAAGGUAAUGUGCCACGUACAUGUGAUGUGUCACGUAAAGGUAAUUUGUCACGUACAUGUAAUGUGUCACGUAAAGGUAAUGUGUGGCAAAUGCUUAUGAAAUCCACCUGUAUAUUUUCUGUCUCAGUGUGUCAUGGCGCCAUCAACCUCAACAACAUCAUCUUCGGCACCUGUGUGGAGAUGUGCAGCAACAGUCUGAUCAUCCGCGCAGUUGGCGGGAUAGGUGGAUGUGCAGAGGGAUAUGAAUGUAGGUCCAAUGGAUGUGGACACACGUGUCAACCUGUGCUAGGUAAGUUGAUACUGUCGUCUAAAACAAAGAAAAGAUUUGACAUGACAUAUAGAGAUAGCAUAGUAAGACGAAAUAUUGAGACGACAUAUUAAGAGGACAUAUUGGAACGACAUAUUAAGACCGAAUAUAGUGCGGCUAUUGAGAAGAUAUUGAGACAGCAUGUUGAGGCGACAUAUUGAGACGACAUAUGGUUUGACAUAUUGGGACAACAUAUUAAGACGAUAUAUUGAGACGACAUAUUGAGACAACAUGUUGAGACCACUUAUUGAGACCACAUAUAGAGGCGACAUAUUGAGGCAACAAAUUGAAUAAAAACUGAGACGAUAUUUUAAGACAACAUACUGAGACAACAUAUUGAAACAACCUAUUGAAACAACCUAUUGAGACAACAUAUUGAGGCGACCUAUUGCGACGACAGCAUUGAGACGACCUAUUUAGAUGACAUAUUGGACGACAUAUUGAGAUGACAUAUUGAGACGACAUAUUGAGACGACCUAUUGAGACGACCUAAUGAGAAAACUUAGUGAGACCACAUACUGAGACGACAUAUUGAUACGACAUAAUGACUGGAUGAUAUUUAAAUCAAAUUAUUUACAAACUGUCCACAGUGAAGCAAAUUGCAGUAAUGUGUCCCGCCAUUGGAUGUGCCCUAUUCUGCCCCAGUGGUUACGCAACACUUGCUAAUGGUUGCCCUUCAUGCACGUGCCUCUGAAGGAGGCAUGUCAGCGUGACAUAUAGAAAUGUAUUUCUGAAAUAAACGAUCAAUGAAUUAGAU